AUGCGGCCUGUGGACAGCGGUAGUAUUGAAUGUAUUUUUGGGAAUGGCCGUCGCUUACGGUAUGCUGUUGAUCUUGUAAUCACAAUUGAUUUAUUUGGGUCAUGCUGCGUAUACCAAGUCAUCAUAGCGAGAACCAUCAAACAACUUGUAGAAGGGACAGACGAUGUCAGCAUGGAAGGGAAUCCACCAAUCAGGGUUUAUAUUAUAGCACUCCUGAUACCCUGUAUACUUCUCUGCAUGAUACUAUCGUUGAAAUAUCUCGCGCCGUUCUCAUUGGUUGCAGAUGCUUUCAUAGGUAUGGCUAUUGUGGUAUCAAUGGUGAUGAUAGUGGGCUUCUUUGGGUACUGGGGCUUUGGUGAGAAGAGUAAGUCUCCAGUAACCGUAAACUUUCCUUGGGAAACAUUUCCGGUGAUCUUGAAGGUGUUCAUGGCACUGAUGGUCUACGUAACUUUCGCUCUUAACUUCUGGGUCCCAUUCGAAUUGAUUGGCUCUUUCUGCUUAUCCAAUAUGGGCUUCAUUUUUCCUGCUUUCAUUGAGCUGAGCCUCGACUGGGAAUCACCUGGUCUUGGUUUCAUGAAAUGGAGACUCAUCAAAUUUAUCAUAAUACUGAUAUUCGGAACUAUACUGUGCGUUGUUGGUACAGUACAAAAUGUGAAGGAAUUGAUUAAAGAAGUUUUCUUGAGCGGAGAUUAA